AUGUCAAGUUCUCAGCAACCUGAUGUGGGCACAAAUGUCACUGAUGUUCCUGGGCAGCUUGGUUUCACCAGCUCCAAUCAGGACCCGGUCUGGUCCUCCAUUGUUAAUAGUGUGGUGAAGAUGGUGCUCAUAUCUCUGAUUGUCUGCGUGUCUUUGUUUGGGAAUGUGAUUGUUCUGCUGGUGUUCCAAAGGAAGCCUCAGCUCCUUCAUGUGGCCAACCGCUUUGUCCUCAACCUCCUCCUGGCAGACCUACUUCAGACUAUAUUAGUCAUGCCCUUUGCUAUUGCAGCUACAAUGCCAAGUGUGUGGCCUCUGGAUGCUCGGCUGUGCCAGGCCCUGGUGGUGCUCAUGCACUUGUUUGCAUUUGCAGGGGUUAACACGAUUAUAGUUGUGUCUGUGGAUCGCUACCUGGCAAUUAUUCACCCUCUUUCUUAUCCCACUCGCAUGACCCCUCACUUGGGCACCAACUUGAUCAUCUGCACCUGGGUGCUCAGUUUCCUGCAGAGCACACCUCCUCUCUACGGCUGGGGGACCAUAGACUUUGACCAACAUCACAAUAUCUGCUCAGUGGUGUGGUCUUCUAGUCUGUCCUACUCUGCUGUGGUGUCUACCUUUUCUUUCUGGCUUCCUGUGCUCAUCAUGCUCGGAUGUUACUGGAUGGUUUUCAGAGCAGCCCGGAGGCAGAACGCUCUUGUACACCCCAUACAGACACAGUCCUACUCUCAGCCCUGCCCGCAGGACUUCCAGGCACCUAGCAGCCCACAGCAGCGAUGCCAUCCCCAGCAGCCCAGUUCACCUGAGGGACCUUACUCAGCCAGAAGAUACCCAGUUCGAGUUAGACACAGGCGUUUUCACUACCACUGCAAGGCAGCCCGUGUGGUUUUUGUGAUCAUGGCUUCAUACAUCUUCAGCAUGGGUCCUUACACCAUUCUGAAUACUAUAUCUAUGUGCACCAGAGCAGCUAUACCCUUAUGGUUAUCCUCCCUUGCCCUUGUACUCUUCUUUUUACAGUGCUGCCUACAUCCUUAUAUUUAUGGCUACAUGCACCGUAGUGUAAGAAAAGAAUUCCUGGCUUUACUCUGUGGGUUGUUCUGCAAGCAGGGCCGUCCCAACCAGAGCUCUGCUGUGGAAAGCUGCUUCACUACGACUGAGGGACGCUCCACCGCUCACCCUCACCUGCCCAGCUUGGCUGCUCGAAUCGUCCCCCUGCGGACAUGGGAAGAGUGCACAACAUCGUCCUCUCCCACUUUUGAGAGGAAGUCGAGAGACAGUCGUAAGGAGACCACCUCUACCAGUAUCAGCUCUGAGAGGGAACUUACAGUCAACAGCAAACAAAGCACAUAA